AUGGAUGAUUCCUAUGAUCACAUGCAUUUAUUUGUUUUAGUGCAUGAAAUAUAUCAUCAGAUCAAGCUCACAGUCGGAGCCUUGGUGCCGCUGUGCGCUGUUCGUGUCGUCCAACACGCAGAGAUCAUGGUCUACGAGCUGCCCGAAGUCAACAUCACCGAUUGCAACAGCCACAACCAGUGCAAGAACCGCUGCACAAAUGAAGGCUAUGUUACCCUCUUUCAGUUCAACGAAAUGACCAACAAUAUGGACUUGUGGUCUACCGUGAACGGUGAGACUGUCGGUCAUUACAUCUGCCAGAAUCUGUACGGAAACUUCAUCUUCUUCAUCCACAACUCCUACGUCCACGCUUACUACGAGAUGUGCGGAGGACCCUGGGAGUACGCCAACCUCGACUCCCAGCAGAUGCUGUGUUGCAACGUUGGCCAGCCGAGCACUUGCUCAGCCGUUUAA